UUUUUUAAGUGUACAUUUUCUACAGGUGUAGAAUGUUUUUAAAUAUUUUGUUAUCAUAAGAAAGUUAAAUUGCAUGUGAUAUAAUUUUUUUCGGAUGACAGGUGUAUCGAUUUUCAUAAACUUAGUGUAUUUCAUUUUAUAGUAUUCUUUAAAAUAAAUAUGAAAGAAUGAGAUGUUAAACUAUUUGAAAUAAUCAAUUAUUUAAAAAGCUAUAGAGGAAAUAAAGGAAGAAUAUUUGUGUGUAAAUAAGAAAAUAAAAUGUUUGAAUCACCGAAAAGCCUCCUUGAGGUUUGCAUAGAUUUUAUUUGUAACAAUGUCUUGGAUUUGUGUGACGUACACCUAGGUGAUACCGAAGAACAUUCCCUUAAUUCACUGGAUACAAACACAUGUAGUAAAGCAUCUAAUGAUGGAUCAUCAAGUUCAGCUACAAGACUUAGUUUUAGACAUCCAGAUGCUUUUUUACCAGCUGAAGUAUCAGAGCAAUUAUUGGCUCACCUUUGUGAGAAAAAGACAUUAUCUGAUUUAACAAUUACACUUUUCAACGCAAAGUCCACCAGGUUAAGACAUGUACGGUUGAAAGAUGCAUCUACAUUAUCAGCGAAAGGCUUAAAAGUUUUAAAACAGCAUAAAGUGGUAGAUCUAAUGGUAAAUGGAUUAAAAAUAACUGUUAAUGAUCUUAUAAGUUGUUUAGGUGACUGGAGUUUACAAAAUCUUAGAUCAUUAAGUGUAGCAAAAGGAAGUUUUAUAGACUGUUCUCGGUAUUGUGUGGUAGUAACUUUAAGUAAAUUGAGGUCACUGCACACAUUAAAUGUAUCAUGUACAGAGUUUAAUACACAUGGUUUGGGGAUAGUAGUUGAGGAUCUUCCUCUUCUAGAAAGUUUAGACAUUUCAUGUACAAAGGUGAAUGAUAUAACAGCACUGAAAAAGUGUAAAAAUCGUCUAAAAACACUUAAUAUGUAUAAUGUGAAGAUAGAUGAAAGUACAGAUUUAGUCUCAGUAUUAUUGGAGCUGAAUGAAUUAAGAAAUUUAGAUAUUUCAGAUGAAAAAGAUAUGCAUGCUCUUAACUGUAUGUUUGUGCCCGGAAAGCCAGACAUAGAAGAUUUUUUGAAAGCUGUACAUUGUAUGCCAUAUCUAACUAGUUUAGAUUUAUCUGGUAGAAGUGAUAUAAAUUCAAAAGAUUUAAAAGAAUUUAUUAAAGCUCAUACAUAUUUAAGGUUUUUGGGACUUGUAAGUACAGAUGCUUGUUAUGAUGACAGUUUAACAAAUCCCGCAGAUGAAUAUUACAAGCCUGGACUUGUUGUUACUGGUACAGCCACAGAAUCUCAAAUUUUAGAAGGUUUGAGAAGGUAUACAUGCAGACCACUUUAUCUCGAGAAAUGUUUAUUUAAUUUAUUCCGUUUAACACACAACUUUCUUGAAUCACGGAUUGAUGUUAUAAAAUUAGUGUUGCCUGCAAUGAGAGAACAUCCACAAGAAGUACGUGUACAAGUGCCAUGUACUGCAUGUCUUUAUAACCUCACAAAAGGUGAAUUCUCCAUUAUGAUUCACCCAUCAAUUCUCAAGCAAGUUGUUGAACUAACAAUGAUUGCAAUGGAAUGUUAUCCAGCCAACUAUCGACUUCAAAUGAAUACAUUAUUAAUUUUGUGUAGUGACAGAAUUCUACAGGAAAUUACUUUUGACAAAUACAGAUGUGCAAGAUUAGUGUUAAAUUCUUUAUUGACCUUUAAUGAACCAUCCAUGAAUCGUAUGUCUGUUGCCAUUUGCUCCAUAUUGGCAGCAAAAAUAUCAACGGUGGAAACAUCUAUGCUUGGUGCUCAACCUCAAUAUAUGUCUAAAUUAUUAGCAAUGGUUAGGACUAAAGUUGAAACUAGAUCAGUAGACAUAACAAUGAAGUUUACAUUAAGUGCUCUAUGGAAUUUAACCGAUGAAAGUGCUACAACAUGUGAAGUCUUUCUAGAUGAAGGUGGGAUGGAAUUAUUUCUUAAAGUGUUAGAAAGUUUCCAAGGACAAUUUAGUGUUGAAACUAAAGUACUUGGUUCAUUAAACAAUAUAGCAGAGGUGGUUCAUCUAAGACCAAGACUUAUGCAACCUAAGUUCAUCUCUAUGCUUUCUACGUUGCUGACAUCUGUACAUAUUGAUGUAUCUUAUUUCGCAGCAGGUAUUGCUGCACAUUUACUUAGCGAUGGUCCACAUACAUGGCCUAUAAUAUCCUUAAUGCCAAGUAGAGAUGUAUUAUUAGAACAAUUAGCAUAUACUAUAACACAUUGGCAAACUCCUCAAGGGGAAAUGGUUGCAUAUAGAAGUUUCCAUCCAUUUUUCCCACUUCUGCAUUGUUCAGAUUCAUAUCCUGUUCAACUUUGGGCAGUUUGGGCAAUACAUCAUGUAUGCACAAAAAAUCCCAAACGGUAUUGCAGUAUGUUAGUCAGAGAAGGUGGAGUAGAGAUAUUAAAAUGUUUGGAGAAUAUGCAUACAGAUCAGACAACAAGACCAAACUUACAAAGUUUAUGUCGAUCAAUUUUUGAAACACUUGAACUAAAUUCUUAAUGAUCACUAUUGCCUUCCAAACUAAAUUUGUUGAAACCAUGAAGUUGGUAUACUAGUCAAUGUUUAUCUUAUACAAUGCAAUCUUAUAUCCUGUUCUGUAGACCAAAUAAUUAAAACUAUUAUAUGAACAUGGAUAUUUGUCAAAAGAGGACUGAAAUGAAACAAGUCCAGGAUGUUGCUAUUAAAUUUUGUAGAUUUACAUUGAAGACCUGAAUUAUAAAGAAUAGCUGUGUAUUAUGAAGUACAUUAUUCAUAGAUCUGAUACUCAAAAAAGUAUGUUGAAUAUAUAGAAUAAGUUACAUUUAAAGCCUGAUUAUUACAAAAGAAUACAUUUAAAUGCUUAAAAAUAUGCAUUGGGAGUUUAAAAGAGACAAAUUUUUAACCUUCUAAUAUUACAAUUAUAUUUUUUAAUUAUUAAUUAUAUAUUGGUAUGACCAAUACUUGUGUAUCUCAAAGUGACUUAAUUAUAUAAAAAUAAAAUGAUUUAAUGAAUAAGUGAUAAUUUUUUAAGAAUUAAUUUAGUUAUCAUUCAUAAAUCAUAUUGUUUGAUAUUAUAAAAUUUGAAAAUAUAUUUUCAUUUUAAAGUUCCAUCCUAAUAAAUUCAGUAAUUAAGUAGAUUGUUGCAAAAUUUACCUAAUUUACUGACAUGUUUGAGGUAUUUUUAUUUGUACUAAAAUUAGGUAUCUAAUAUACCUCUUGUGGCCAUUAAAAGUACUAAUUAUGUUAGAAAUGUUAUUCAGAAUCUGUACACAUACUUCGUGUUAACGUUACAAACAAAAUGAUAAUUAGACUACAAUCUAAUAAAUAUAUGCUUCAAAAAUGUAAUUUAUUUACGUUAUUAUGUAGUUAUUAAAAGAUACAGUAGUAAAUAUUUUAUUAUGUUGUAUUUUUAACAUAAUGAAUUCCGGUCUUCAAUUUUUUCUGUUAUACCCCUCUUACAACCUUCCCAUGAAUUAAAAACUCUUUACAAAUCAAUUGUGCAUUUAUAUGCUUUCAGAGAUAUAAAGAAAUACAAAUUUCUAAUAAAACAAAUACAACAAUAUUCUGGUUAUAUCUGUUAUUAAAAUAUUAUUAAUUUGUAUAAGAAUAAAAUUUAUCCAUCUGGUAACAUUAAUUGAAAUGUAAAAAUGUCGGUUUAAAUACUACUGACUGUUAAUAAACACAAAUCAUUAAUCCUU